CGAGUUUCUUCUCCUGAAUCGUCAAUUGAUCUCUGAUUGACUUGAAACUUGCGCCUAUGCUUCACUUUAUGUGCUAGGACCUGAAAUGUGACAAAGGAACAUAACCUAGCAUAAAAUAGGCCAAAGACACGAUAAUUCAAGCUCAAACAAUCAAGAAACAAAGGGGAAAACAUGUGCAAAUACCGAGUCAUCACCUACCGAGUAUAUAUGAGUUGUGGUUGCCCCGCUUGGAGCCUAAUUUGCUGUCUGGGUGUAUGAUCCGAGGGCUCCAAAUGCGUUUGAGUUUGUGUGAAUGGUGAAUGGUUCUGAUUGGUUGUGAAUGUUUUUACCUUCCUGGGGCCUAGUCCACUGUCCGAACUUAUGAUUCGAGGGCCCCGGGUGAGGAUGAUUGUGACCUCACCAUUGACGAAUUUCCAUGUAUGUUGUUGGGUUUCUGCUGUUUUGUGGCUGGAGGAAAAUGAACACUUACUUGACCAUGCUCGACGCCGACCAGAGGAAGACUCUGAAGGACAUCCGACGCCGCAAAGUCGUUCAGCACCAUUACCUCGAUUGGAGGGUUUUCGAGGAGCUGGGUGCUCGCGAGGCAAUGGAGGCUGCCAUCCGCGCUUACUCUUGGCGCCGCCUCCUCUGCCUCGCUGAGCCGAUCUAUCAGGAGCUCCUCUGGGAGUUCUACUCUACCUUCGAGCAUUUCCGGACCCACACGGGCGCGCACGACAACGCCAUCCAGUUCCGCCUCGGAGGCGAGUUUUACUCCCUUAGCUAUGAUGACUUUGGUCGGGCACUGGGGCUCCUUCCACCUUUCGCCUGUCACCUGGAAAUCGAAGAGCCCGACAGUCCCAUCUUUUGGGACCAGCAGUUCUUCGAGAGGAUCUGCCUCCCGGAGUUCUCAGGCGCUGUUUUCACACCGGGCUACACCACGGCCACUCAGUUGCGCCCAGAGUGGCGCAUAAUCAACCAGCUGUUGGGGAAGUCUUACACCCCCAGCGAGGGCUCCACCAGUCAUCUUCAGCUCCGCACCCUGCAUUGCCUGCACUCCAUGAGCCACGAGGUGGACAACCUCCAUCUGUCCUCCCUCAUUGCCAGGACUGUCGUCAAGGCUUCUCGGUGUGUUCGACCCCUGGCGUGUGGGUCGGUGGUCACUGCCCUGGCACGGUACUACAACAUCGACCUCUCCAGGUUCACUCUCAUACAGCCCGUGAAGCCCUUCUCAAGGGAAACCCUACGGCGCCAGCUGAUACUGCAGCACGAAGGGGACGUGAUCUGGAUCCGGGGCCUUCCUUACCCUGUUCCUCGUGCACCAGAGGGUGAGGACCUCCCCGAGGCGAGUGAUGAUGCAGCCCAUCGGACCACUUGUCGUCGGCGGAACACUCCUUCUGCGCCUGGCACCUCCACCUUUGCUGCCGGCCCAUCUGCUGCCACACCCACCACUUACAUUGCCGAGCAGCUGGCGGCCAUUCCCGCCAGAAUGAGCAGAUCCUUGCUGGCCAGGAGCACCUCAACGCCCGCCUCGACCGUGAGCGCGAAGGUCGCCGCCGCAUCAUUUCGGCUCAGCAUUACAUGAUGAGCUACAGGGACAUGGAUCCGGCUGCUGUUAGCUACCCUUGGGAGGAGUCCCCGGGGCAUGAGGACUACUACCCGCCUCCCACUGGCGAUGGAGGCGAUGAGCCCUGAGCUGGCUUUGCUAGCCCAUCUAGUUGGGCUCGGCUUUUGUCUUUCUUUCCAGACUUCGACUCCGGAUUGUGUUUGGUUUUUUUCUUUCUUGUUCCCGUUGUGUGGAUUGUAGACUUGGAACUAUGAUUUCUUUCACCCCAUGUGUGUGUUUUGUUGCUUCUAGCUCUGUGCCCGUUGGACUGGUCCUUGUCCAGUCCUCUGCGAUUGACUGGUCCGCCAUCCAGUCAACGUUCCUGACCACUGUUUCACGGUAACAUCGUUCCCCUUCCCUCUGCUCCAUUGAGGGCACUGUCGCAUCUAAGUGUGGGGGGGUUCUUUGUAUUUAUUGGAACGUAUAUAUGGGUGCGUGGAGCCUAGUCCGCUGUCCGAAUCUUACGAUUUGAGGGCUCCACGUACUGCUGGUUGAUCAUAUUGGCACUGUGAUUUGAUUGGUGAAUUGAAUGGUUUUCGGAUUGAUGCAUGACAACUUGAUUGUGACUAGGACAACCUGUGAUGAGGACUGAGACGUGCAGUAGAAUUGUGUAGGGGUUCAGUUUUUCAACUGUUUGCUUACCAACUGUGACUUGGAUUGAUUACUUGUUCUUGACAGUCUCUUAUGCAUCUAGUUCAGGGUAUCAGAAUGUGAGAUAGAGCAUAUAGGUAGCCAUGUGAGAUUUGAGCCUGCUCGUUUCUUUCUUGUGCGAUAGAUCUCUCUUCCAUGAUGUGUAGCAUUCACGUUGUCACUAGCUAAGAUGAUGGGGGCAUAGGAUUAGCCCACGACCAAAUUUGACUGUCCUGAUGUGUCAUAUACCCUAGUCAGCCCUUUUGAGUCGUGUGUUAUCCUUUCUUUUGGUCUGAAAUGAAAAAAUCACCCGUUUGCAUCUUUUAGAAGGUUCCACAGAGUGGUUUUUACAUAUUCUCUGAUGUUUCUGCUAAAUAAUUUGUUGUGAGUGUUGGAGGUAGUGCUUAAAAGCUGGGCUGGGCAUGUGUUUGAAAUAUAUGCAGAAGUGGUGGCUCUCUUAAGAAAUGAAAAGAAAAUAAAAGAAAAAACAAAGGAAAAUUGAAAGCAAAGAGAGCCACUACCAAAAAUCUGAAUAAUGCCCAGUAAGUAGUGUUUCUUAGCAGUCUGGCUUGGAAAUGCUGACAUUUAUACCUCCUUCGCUCUUGUGCUCUUGAAAUAUUGAGUAAUGCAGAAUAGCAGAAAGGAAAUACCGGUUUGUUUGACUGUGAUUGUUUGGGUUUGGAAAUGUGGAACCUUGUGCUAUGAAUACUUCCACCACCUAAAAGGCCUUUUCCCCAUGUCCAAGACCCUAGCCAAUCAUUUGAACCUGUGUCUAAGACCUCCUGAUUAGUUAGUGGUGACACCCCAUAUGUGAGCUCUAGCAUUUAGAGGCUGCCAUCAUGGUGAAGAGAUGUUAGGGAUUGAGAGAAAUAACAUGCACAUUUUUCGCAUCAAAUUGUCCUGACCCCACUGGUCGAGAGUGAGUGAUUCAUUUUUCAUAUUAUAUACUCUCUUGUUUCCCGUUGAGGACCUAGAUUGCUCGGUCUCUAUUCCGAUGUUUUGAGUUGGAUGCAUGAGUUGACUGUUUUGAGUAAGUGGUUGAGUCAAGUCUAGGUUGGUUGGUGAACAGAAGGGGAGACUCUUCCUUUACUCGAUUUUGCUGCACUCUAAUGUCCUUUGUGGUGGUUGUCCAGGUUGAUAUUGAAGUUGCUCAUGUGUUGAUGUUUGAAAACCAGUACGAUUCACGUGUUCUGUGCCUUUAUGACUUGUCCCCAAUGUUGGUUGAUUGAAAUAUGUAAGCUUACCUUGUGUUUGACUUGGUUUGCUUGGGGACAAGCAAACGGUUAAGUGUGGGGGAAUUUGAUAGCAUCGUAUUUGCACGUGUUUUCACUCUGGUUUCCUAUCCAUUUUAGCUUGAAUUGAUUGUUCCUUGGCCUAUUUUACGCUAGGUUGUGUUGUUUUGUCGUAUUUCAGGUCCUAGCAAGUAAAGAGGUGCAUAGGCGCAAGUUUCGGGUCAUUUGGAGGUCAGAUGGUGAUUCACUGGCCAAAUUACGGGCAGCCCCUGCCAAAUUACGACCGUAAUUGGUCAGGGCAUGCCCGUAAAACCAAUGCCGAGCCACUUUUCCAAGAAUUCUUCUCGGCACUAAAAUUACGGGCAAGCAUCCACCAAAUUACGACAGUAAUUCAUGAAAUACUGGCGGUAAUUGGAAAUUACGGGCGCUCCUCUUCCAUCAGAGUAAAGUGAAACGCGCGUUUUGGGCGAAUUACGGGCAGGCCGUGAUUACGACCGUAAUUCUGCCCGUAUUUCGCCCAGAGUCGGGUUUUUGAAGCCAGAAUCGAGCCAAGGAAAGGGAAUCGAAUUUCUUGAGCAAAAAUAGAGCCCUAGAGAGAGAAAGGACGAAGAACUCACCAUAGAAGCCAUCUUGGAGCUGGGUUUCAUCGAAUCGAGCUUGGAGAUCGUCCUAGGAGUGGAAAUCAUCAUCCCGGAGCAGAUUUUCCUCAUCUUUAUGAGUAUGACUACUCCGAUUACUGUUUUCGUCUCUCUCUCUAUGGAGUAGAACCCUUAUCUCACUUGGGGAUGAAGAACCCUAGUUCUAUGUGUUAGGGAUUGAUUGUAAUGACUUGGGAUGAUAUUACUGUUUGAUUUUAAUCGAAUGAUGCAUGUUUAUUGAGUCAAUUGAAGUCUGAUCAACUUUUCCUGAUUCCUGCUGCAAUCUGAGAUAGAUAGAAUCUGAUUAGGUUGCUAGAGUCUCAUCAUUCGAUAGUAGGAGAUUGGCUAUACGAGAGUUAGUCAGUUUACUGCUUUGUACUAGAAUCCAAUUCCAGUAGUGGAGUUCUGUUCUUACUGCUUCAGCUUUCUAUCCCGGUGAAGACUAGUCGUCUGCCGGGUAGUUAGACUGAGAGGGCUUGGUUAGCUUAAGAGAUUCCAUGCUACUGCCGGAUCUUCCGCAGUCUAAUCAACAGUAAAUCAACCCAGGGGAAUUGCAAUUGAACCUAACUAAGGAGCUAGGGGGACUCAUUCCCGAGUGACUCUUACCUGCUUGAGAAAACCGUAUCAAUUCCUGCUUUCUUUCAUCUUUUGCUUUUAAACAACAAUCACUUGCUUUAGUUGGCUAGAUAAUAGAGAAUCACUGAGUAAGCAGUAGAUCUAGACCCCGGGUUGAUAAUAUAACUUGCCUGUUACU